UUUUUAUCUAUUUUGACAUUGAUUUCGCUAUGGACAAGGUCUGGUUUAAGCUCUGCUAAACUGACUGCCUGCUGCUGAGACUAGAAGCGAUGGGCAUGGGGAUUGAGACUGGCUUGCUGGAUCUAGGCCACUUUGUCCUAGAUCUGCGCUGGCUUGACUUCCCUAUUAACUGCGGUGAAAUUGAGCCUUUCCUGUGGAGUAUGCCUGUGUUCUCUACAGCCUCUAUCUUGUUUUGGUGGGGGGAUACGUAGGCUUCUGAAUAUG